CGAGCGGGCUGUGUGGAGGCUUCAGGCUCCCGGCGCCAUUUAGCGCGGAGAGUUUCCCGGGCGCCCUCGGCUGUUCUCCCUCGGCCACUCCGCACCACUAUCUUCGGUGACAGAAGGCGCCUGUGGGGGUGACUGCUCUUUUCUCUCCCUACCCCCCCUUCCCCCACUCCUCUCGGUCUCCUCUACUCUCGGCCCAGAAAAGCAGCGGAGCCCGGGCCCCGCGGUGAGCGGCCCUCCCCUCCCCACCGUUCCCUCCCUCCGUCAGCCCCCGGCACCGGCCCGGGAGGAGACGGGGUUUUGCUAGGCCCGGGGCGGGCGGGGAGGCCUCGGGGAAGGGGGGGCCCGCUCCUCAGGCACCGAGGCUUCGAGGCUUUGGCCCUUCCCGUCCGGGCGAUGGGCGCCCUGUGAGCUUGGUCUCCCUGGCUGGGGCCGCGUGUGGGCGGAGGCGACCGCCGGAGUGACCGGUAGCCGCGGCCCGCGGCCCUCCCUCGCCGUCUUCGGCCCCUCCUACUCUUUUGCCCCGGGGCUGCCACCGCCCGGGCGUCAGAGCUGGUCCCUGCCUCGCUGUGCCGCCGCCCGCAGGGCCUAGCCCGCCCUCUUCGGUGAGCGGCGGCGGUGGGAGCCGGGCUGUCGCCGCGCCCGCCGCAUCCGCUUCGCCUUGGUGCCGGCUCCUUGCCCUGCUCCUCAUGACUGCGGCGCCUCUGCUGCCACCGCCUUCCCGGCCGCCGCUCGCCGCAGGAUGGAUGCGGACCGUGCGGCUCUAACCCCCGUGGCUUCGCUCCCGAAUCGCCCGCCGACGAGCCCGCCUCGUGAGCCGCAGCAGCCUCGGUGCCAGCAGCCGCCGCAGUUGGGCCCAGCGUCCCGCCUGUCCUGCGGAGCUGCUUGUCAGUGCUGAGCGAGGAGUCGUCCGGCUCGGCCCGAACCCGCCUCAGGAGCGGUGCCCUGCAGACCUUCACGGCUCCUGCGAGUCGGCCCUUCACCCUCUGUUCGUUCGCAAGUCUGAGCCCGCUCGCCUCACUCGCGCGGACCCACCAUGUCUGGCGGCGCCGCCGAGAAGCAGAGCAGCACUCCGAGCUCCCUGUUCCUCUCGCCGCCGGCGCCUGCCCCCAAGAAUGGCUCCAGCUCCGAUUCCUCCGUGGGGGAGAAACUGGGAGCCGCGGCGACCGACGCUGGGACCGGCAGGACCGAGGAGUACCGGCGCCGCCGUCACACUAUGGACAAGGACAGCCGUGGGGCGGCCGCGACCACUACCACCACUGAGCACCGCUUCUUCCGCCGGAGCGUCAUCUGCGACUCCAAUGCCACUGCGUUGGAGUUGCCUGGACUGCCUUUUUCUCUUCCCCAGUUCAGCGUCCCCGCGGUUGUUCCUCAGAGCGCUCUACCAGAGCCCCACCGGGAGGAGACCUUGACCGCCACCGCCGCUUCCCAGGUGGCCCAGCAGCCUCCAGCCUCUGCUGCCCCCGGGGAACAAGUCGUCGCCGGCCCUGCCGCCUCGACUGCCCCCAGCAGUACUAGCAAAGACCGCCCAGUUUCCCAGCCCAACCUUGUGGGGAGCAAAGAAGAGCCACCGCCGGCGAGAAGUGGCAGCGGUGGCGGCAGCGCCAAAGAGUUACAGGAGGAACGGAGUCAGCAACAGGAUGAUAUCGAAGAGCUGGAGACCAAGGCCGUGGGAAUGUCCAACGAUGGCCGCUUUCUCAAGUUUGACAUCGAAAUCGGCAGAGGCUCCUUUAAGACGGUCUACAAAGGUCUGGACACUGAAACCACUGUGGAAGUCGCCUGGUGUGAACUGCAGGAUCGAAAAUUAACGAAGUCUGAGAGGCAGAGAUUUAAAGAAGAGGCUGAAAUGUUAAAGGGUCUUCAGCACCCUAAUAUUGUUCGAUUCUAUGAUUCCUGGGAAUCCACAGUAAAAGGAAAAAAGUGCAUUGUUUUGGUGACUGAACUCAUGACAUCUGGAACACUGAAAACGUACCUAAAAAGGUUUAAAGUGAUGAAGAUCAAAGUUCUAAGAAGCUGGUGCCGUCAGAUCCUUAAAGGGCUUCAGUUUCUUCAUACUCGAACUCCACCUAUUAUUCACCGGGAUCUUAAAUGUGACAACAUCUUUAUCACAGGCCCUACAGGCUCAGUCAAGAUUGGAGACCUUGGUCUGGCAACACUGAAGCGGGCUUCUUUUGCCAAGAGCGUGAUAGGUACCCCAGAGUUCAUGGCCCCUGAGAUGUAUGAGGAGAAAUAUGAUGAAUCUGUUGACGUUUAUGCUUUUGGGAUGUGCAUGCUUGAGAUGGCUACGUCUGAAUAUCCAUACUCGGAGUGCCAAAAUGCUGCACAGAUCUACCGUCGAGUGACCAGUGGGGUGAAACCAGCCAGUUUUGACAAAGUAGCAAUUCCUGAAGUGAAGGAAAUUAUCGAAGGAUGCAUACGUCAAAACAAAGAUGAAAGAUAUUCCAUCAAAGACCUUUUGAACCACGCCUUCUUCCAGGAGGAAACAGGGGUACGAGUAGAAUUAGCAGAAGAAGAUGAUGGAGAAAAGAUAGCCAUUAAAUUAUGGCUACGUAUUGAAGAUAUUAAGAAAUUAAAGGGAAAAUACAAAGACAAUGAAGCUAUUGAGUUUUCCUUUGACUUGGAGAGAGAUGUGCCAGAAGAUGUUGCUCAGGAAAUGGUAGAUUCUGGGUAUGUCUGUGAAGGUGAUCACAAGACCAUGGCUAAAGCUAUCAAAGAUAGAGUGUCAUUAAUUAAAAGAAAACGAGAGCAACGGCAACUGGUGCGGGAGGAGCAAGAAAAAAGAAAGCAGGAAGAGAGCAGUGUCAAACAGUUGGUAGAACAGCAAUCAAGUACUUCCCAGACAGCAGUUAAACAGCUCGCUUCUGCUAGCACUGGCAUACUUACUGCUUCUGCUACUUUAGCUUCAGUUUCUACGCAAGUAGAACCUGAAGAACCUGAGGCAGAUCAACAUCAACAACUACAGUACCAGCAACCUAGUAUAUCUGUGUUAUCUGAUGGGACAGUCGACAGUGGUCAGGGAUCUUCUGUCUUCACAGAAUCUCAAGUGAGCAGUCAACAGACAGUUUCGUAUGGUUCCCAACAUGAGCAGGCACAUUCUACUGGCACAGUCCCAGGGCAUACAGCUUCUGUUGUCCAAGCACAAUCUCAGCCCCAUGGGGUAUAUCCACCUUCAAGUGUGCCUCAGUCCAUGGCGCAUCCGUGUGGGGGUACCCCAACAUACCCAGAGUCACAGAUAUUUUUCCCAACUAUUCAUGAACGUCCAGUUUCUUUUUCACCACCUCCCACCUGUCCACCGAAAGUAGCCAUUUCCCAGCGGCGUAAGAGCACCUCCUUCCUGGAAGCCCAAACUCACCACUUCCAACCCCUGCUGAGGACUGUUGGCCAAAAUCUUCUUCCACCUGGUGGCAGACCAACUAACUGGACACCAGAGGCCGUAGUUAUGUUGGGUACUACAGCAAGUAGAGUAACUGGAGAGCCGUGUGAGAUACAGGUUCAUCCUGGGUUUGAACCAACUCAAGCUUACAGUGACUAUAGACCUGGACUAGUAUUUCCAGAAGAAGCUCACUAUUUUAUUCCUCAGGAAGCAGUGUAUCUAGCUGGGGUACAUUACCAGGCCCAGGUGGCAGAACAGUAUGAGGGCAUUCCAUACAACUCACCAGUACCGUCAAGUCCUAUGAAACAGACACCAGAACAGAAACCAGUACGAGGGGGCCCUACCUCAAGUUCUGUCUUUGAAUUUCCAGCUGGACAGGCUUUCCUUGUAGGACACCUUCAGAAUUUAAAAUUAGAUUCUGGAUUGUGUCCAGGAUCUCCCCUCUCUAAUAUUUCUGCACCUAUCAGUACAGAUGCUACAUGUUUGAAAUAUCACCCUGUCUUUGUUCCUCAUUCUGCACCUGCUGUGUUAACUCACAACAAUGAGAGCAGAAGCAACUGUGUAUUUGAAUUUCAUGUUCACACACCAAGCUCCUCUUCAGGAGAAGGAGUUGGAAUUUUACCUCAGCAUGUUUACCAAAAUCGACAGGUUGUGGUGGAAUUGAAUCAGGAAGAACUGCCUCCUCAAUCAGUUGGAUUACACGGCCACCUGCAGCCUGUGACUGAAGAACAGCAUAAUUACAAUGCCCCAGAAUUGACCGUUUCUGUGGUAGAGCCUAUCGGACAGAACUGGCCAGUAGGAAGCCCAGAAUAUUCCAGUGAUUCCUCACAAAUCACAUCUUCAGACCCCAGUGAUUUUCAAUCACCUCCCCCUACAGGGGGAGCAGCUGCACCUUUUGGCUCUGACGUCUCAUUACCCUUUAUCCGUCUGCCUCAGACAGUGUUACAAGAACCCCCACUUUUCUUCUGUUUCCCCCAAGGAACUACAUCUCAGCAGGUCUUAACUGCCUCAUUUUCUUCAGGAGGAUCUGCACUCCACCCACAGGCACAGGGGCAGAGCCAGGGUCAGCCGACCUCAGGUAGCUUAGCAGGGGUUUCAGCUUCCCAACCCAUACAACAUCCUCAGCAGCAGGGAAUACAGCAGACAGCUCCUCCUCAACAGACAGUGCAGUAUUCACUUCCACAGACAUCAGCCUGCAGUGAGGCCACUACUGCACAGCCAGUGAGUCAGCCUCAAGCUCCACAGGUGUUGCCUCAAGUAUCAGCUGGAAAACAGCUUCCAGUUUCCCAGCCAGUACCAACUAUCCAAGGCGAACCUCAGAUCCCAGUUGCGACACAACCCUCAGUUGUUCCAGUCCACUCUGGUGCUCAUUUCCUCUCUAUGGGACAGCCACUCCCUACUUCCUUACUCCCUCAGUAUCCGGUUUCUCAGAUUCCCAUAUCAACUCCUCAUGUGUCUGCAGCUCAGACAGGUUUCUCAUCCCUUCCUGUCACAAUGGCAGCUGGCAUUAAUCAGCCUCUGCUCACCUUGGCUUCAUCUGCUACAACAGCUGCUAUCCCAGGGGGAUCACCUGUGGUUCCUAGUCAGCUUCCAACCCUUCUGCAGUCUGUGACUCAGCUGCCAAGUCAGGUUCACCCACAGCUCCUACAACCAGCAGUUCAGUCCAUGGGAAUACCUGCUAACCUUGGACAAGCUGCUGAGGUUCUACGUCCCUCUGGAGAUGUUCUGUACCAGGGCUUCCCACCUCGACUACCACCACAGUACCCAGGAGAUUCAAAUAUUGCUCCCUCUUCCAACGUGGCUUCUGUUUGCAUCCAUUCUACAGUCCUAUCCCCUCCCAUGCCAGCAGAAGCAUUGGCUACACCAGGUUACUUUCCGACAGUGGUGCAGCCUUAUGUGGAAUCAAAUCCUUUGGUUUCUGUGGGCGGUGUAGAAGGACAGGUUCAUGUGUCCCAGCCAGCAGUGAGUUUAGCUCACCAAGCCCCCAUCACAUCCUCCCAACAAGCAGUUCUGGAGAGUACUCAGGGAGUCUCUCAGGUUGCUCCUCCAGAGCCAGGUCUAGUAGCACAACCACAACCUACCCAGCCUACCACUUUGGUUUCCUCUAUAGACAGUGCACAUUCAGAUGUUGCUUCAGGUUUGAGUGAUGGCAAUGAGAAUGUCCCAUCAUCCAGUGGAAGACAUGAAGGGAGAACUACAAAACGACAUUAUCGAAAAUCUGUAAGAAGUCGCUCUCGUCAUGAAAAGUCUUCACGCCCAAAAUUGAGAAUUUUAAAUGUUUCAAAUAAAGGAGACCGAGUAGUAGAAUGUCAAUUAGAGACUCAUAAUCGGAAAAUGGUUACAUUCAAAUUUGACCUAGAUGGUGACAACCCUGAGGAGAUAGCAACAAUUAUGGUGAACAAUGACUUUAUUCUAGCAAUAGAGAGAGAUUCAUUUGUGGAUCAAGUGCGGGAAAUUAUCGAAAAAGCUGAUGAAAUGCUCAGUGAGGAUGUCGGUGUGGAACCAGAGGGUGACCAGGGAUUGGAAAGUCUACAGGGAAAGGAUGACUAUGGCUUUUCAGGUUCUCAAAAAUUAGAAGGAGAGUUCAAACAACCACUUCCUGUAUCUACCAUGCCACAGCAAAUAGACGUUCCUACCAGUUCUUUAACUCAAGUUGUUCAUUCUGCUGGAAGACGGUUUAUAGUAAGUCCUGUGCCAGAAAGUCGAUUACGGGAAUCGAAAGUUUUUACCAGUGAAAUAUCAGAAAUGGUUGCUGCCUCUACAUCUCAAGGCCCUGGAAUGAACUUGUCUCACUCUGCUUCAUCCCUUAGUCUACAGAAGGCCUUUAGUGAACUUAGACAUGCCCAAAUGGCAGAAGGACCCAAUACAGCACCUCCAAAUUUUAGUCAUACAGGACCAACAUUUCCAGUAGUACCUUCUCUCUUGAGUAGUAUUGCUGGCGUCCCAACCGCAGCAGCAGCCUCACCUUCAGUAUCAGUCCCUGCAACAAGCAGCCCUCUUAAUGACAUUUCCACAUCGGUAAUUCAUUCUGAGGUUACAUUGCCCAUUGAAAAAGGGAUUGCUGGAGUUACCACCAGCAUAGGCAUAGUAACUUCAAGUGGUCUCCCUGUACCACCUGUGUCUGAAUCACCAAUACUUUCUAGUGUGGUUUCAAGCAUCACCAUACCUACAAUUGUCUCAAUGUCUGCAACAUCUCAGUCAGUUCAGGCCCCCACAUCUGGGAGCAGCGUUUCUAGUACGGGUACUUUUCCUUCUGUAAUACUUUCAACGACUUCAGCCUCUGCAGUGGGCAGUGCUGCUGCCCCAGGCGCUAAGCCUCCAGCUGUAUUAGCUCAGCAAGCAGCAGGCAGUACUAUGGGGGUAGCUACAUUAACAUCAGUUUGUACUACCACUCCCUUCCCAAGCAUAGCUUCACAGCCGUCCCUUCAGCUUAGCAGCAGCACCUCUGCUCCUACUCUAGCUGAAACAGUGGUGGUUAGUGCACACUCCCUAGAUAAAACAUCUCAUAGCAGUACAACUGGAUUGGCUUUGUCCCUCUCUGCACCAUCUUCCUCUCCUGGGGCAGGAGUGUCUAGUUCUAUUUCUCAGCCUGGUGGGAUGCAUCCUUUGGUCAUUCCAUCAGCUCUAGCUUCUACUCCUGUCCUUCCCCAAGCAGCAGUACCUACUUCUACACCUUUGUUACCCCAAGUACCUAGUAUCCCACCCUUGGUACAACCUGUUGCCAAUGUGCCUGCUGUACAGCAGACACUAAUUCAUAGUCAGCCUCAACCAGCAUUGCUUUCCAACCAGCCCCAUACUCACUGUCCUGAAAUAGAUGCUGAUACACAACCCAAAGCUCCUGGGAUUGAUGACAUAAAGACUCUGGAGGAAAAGCUGCGGUCUCUCUUUAGUGAACACAGCUCAUCUGGAGCUCAGCAUGCCUCUGCCUCACUAGAGACAUCACUAGAGACCACUGUCGCACCAGGCAUCCCAACAACUGCUGUUGCACCAAGCAAACUCGUGACUUCCACCACAAGUACUUUCAUCCCACCAAACAAUUUGCCAUUAGGAACAGUUGGUUUGUCAGUUAUACCAGUGGUCACACCUGGGCAAGUUUCUACCCCAGUCAGCUAUGUUUCAGCUCCAGUCAGCACUACAUCAGGAGCUAAAUCGGCACCUGCUCCUUCAAAGCCAUCUUUAACUAAGGCUCCGGUGCUGCCUGUGGGUACUGAACUUCCAGCUGGUACUCUACCCAGCGAGCAGCUGCCACCUUUUCCAGGACCUUCACUAACUCAGUCCCAGCAACCUCUAGAAGAUCUUGAUGCUCAACUGAGAAGAACACUUAGUCCAGAGACCAUUGCAGUGACAUCUGCAGUCGGUCCUGUGUCCAUGGUGGAUCCGACAGCAGUAACAGAAGCAGGAGCACAGCCUCAGAAGGAUGUUUCUCAAGGCACAGAAGGCCCUGUCUUAGCAACUAGUUCAGGAGCUGGUGUUUAUAAGAUGGGGCGAUUUCAGGUUUCGGUUGCAAUGGAUGAUGUCCAGAAAGAAGGUAAAAAUAAGUCAGAAGAUGCAAAGUCUGUUCAUUUUGAAUCCAGCACUUCAGAGUCCUCGGUGCUAUCAAGUAGUAGUCCAGAGAGUACUCUGGUGAAGCCAGAGCCUAAUGGGACAACCAUCCAUGGCAUCUCUUCAGAUAUGCCAGAUAGUGCCCACAAAAUUCCUGCCUCAGAGGCAAAGUCAGAAAUUGGGCAACCUACCAAGGUUGGACGUUUUCAGGUGACAACUACAGCAAAUAAAGUGGGUCGUUUCUCUGUAUCUAGAACUGAGGACAAGAUUACUGAGGCAAAGAAAGAGGGACCAGUGGCAUCUCCUCCUUUUAUGGAUUGGGAACAAGCUGUUCUUCCUGCUGUGAUACCAAAGAAAGAAAAGCCUGAACUGUCAGAGCCUUCACAUUUCAAUGGGCCAUCUUCUGACCUGGAGGCUGCCUUUCUAAGUAGGGAUGUGGAUGAUGGUUCAGGUAGUCCACACUCUCCUCAUCAACUGAGCUCAAAGAGCCUUCCUGUCCAGAAUCUAAGUCAAAGCCUUAGUAAUUCAUUCAACUCUUCUUACAUGAGUAGUGACAAUGAGUCAGAUAUUGAAGAUGAAGACUUAAAGUUAGAGCUGCGACGACUACGAGAAAAACAUCUUAAAGAGAUUCAGGACCUGCAGAGUCGCCAGAAGCAUGAAAUUGAAUCUUUGUAUACCAAACUGGGCAAGGUUCCCCCUGCUGUCAUUAUUCCCCCAGCUGCUCCCCUUUCAGGGAGAAGACGGCGACCCACUAAAAGCAAAGGCAGCAAAUCUAGUCGCAGCAGUUCCUUGGGGAAUAAAAGCCCCCAGCUUUCAGGCAACUUGUCUGGUCAGAGUGCAGCUUCAGUCUUGCACCCCCAGCAGACCCUCCACCCUCCUGGCAACAUCCCAGAGACAGGGCAGAAUCAGCUGUUACAGCCCCUUAAGCCAUCUCCCUCCAGUGACAACCUCUAUUCAGCCUUCACCAGUGAUGGUGCCAUUUCCGUACCAAGCCUUUCUGCUCCAGGUCAAGGGACCAGCAGCACAAAUGCCGUUGGGGGAACAGUGAGCAGCCAGGCCGCCCAAGCUCAGCCUCCUGCCAUGACGUCCAGCAGGAAGGGCACGUUCACAGAUGACCUGCACAAGUUGGUAGACAACUGGGCCCGAGAUGCCAUGAACCUUUCAGGCAGGAGAGGAAGCAAAGGACACAUGAAUUAUGAGGGCCCUGGAAUGGCAAGGAAGUUCUCUGCACCUGGACAGCUGUGCAUCUCCAUGACCUCGAACGUGGGUGGCUCUGCCCCCAUCUCUGCAGCAUCAGCUACCUCUCUAGGUCACUUCACCAAGUCUAUGUGCCCCCCACAGCAGUAUGGUUUUCCAGCUGCCCCAUUUGGCACUCAGUGGAGUGGGACGGGUGGCCCAGCACCACAGCCACUUGGCCAGUUCCAACCCAUGGGAACUGCUUCCUUGCAGAAUUUCAGCAUCAGCAAUUUGCAAAAAUCCAUCAGCAACCCCCCAGGUUCCAACCUGCGGACCACUUAGACCUAGAGACAUUAACUGAGUAGAUGUAGGGGCAGGAGAUGGAAUGCUAAGGGGAGGGUGAGAGGUGAGAAUGGGAAAGUAGCCUAUAUACUAACUACUAGUGCUGCAUUUAACUGGUUAUUUCUUGUGAGAAGGGAAUGUUUUUAAUACUGCUUUCAGCCCUCAGAGUGGAGAGUCUCCCUCCCCUCCAUUUGUUGGAGUGGAAUGAGAAGGAAAGAGCAGCUUCUUGUGACAGGGCAGCUUCAGACUGUGCUUUCUUGCUUACAUGUACCCAACAGCGAAGCUAGGGCUGGCCAUGAGAAUCUUGUUGAUUGGGAAGCUACUCAGAGAGCUCAGUGGAAAACCAAACCCCAUUGUAUGUUCAAGUGAGUGGGUGGAGCUCUUAAUUUUGGUACAUACCCCAAAUCCCUUACUCCCUCAAGAAUCUAAACCACAAGACAAAAAAAAAAAAAAAAAAACCAUUGGGCUCUCUCCUACCCUGCCCCCAACCCUCUGUUUUGUUUUUGUUUGGGGUUUUUUUGGCUCUUUGGAACCCAGUGAAAAAUUCCAGGGGACUGGGGUUGCAACCCUUUCUUAUCAUAGGUCAUUAGUGCUUUAAGCAAAAGAUAUUAGCAGCUUUGACUGCAGCAUUAGCAAUUAGGAAAAAAAUUAAGUUCCCUGCGGACAUAUAACUUUGCCAUCAGUUUUGAUGUGGAAACACUGUGAUAUAUAAAUGUUGUUGGACAACAGUAGUUUUAAGAGUAAAAUAUGAAAGGUUUAAAAAGUUCAAAAAAAGCUAGCUCUGUUCUUUACUUAUUGAGACACUUUAACUUUUUCCUUUGUAUUUCCAUUGUAUUAGAUAAAUAAAUGUGAAUGUAAAAUUGUAUAAAUUACUGUACUUGAAUACUUCUGUUCUCCCAGUACUGCUUGCUGGAUAUUUUAGUGCCUUGGACUUCUAUUGCUUCAGCCAUUAGCAUCAAUUUUACAAAUCAGCAAAGGGCAUGUGGAAGGAAAUCUUAGGUCCAUGUGACCCCCGUCAGUGGAUAUGCCAAAGGGAAAUUGAAAGUAUUUUUUCAAGUCAUUCAACAAUUUUGUGUAGAGCAAGUGUAAGAUGAGUAGGGUGAGAAGUUGACAUCAGUGGUUGAAAACAGAAAGUUCUGUUUCAGGAAUUGUGAGGAGAGGGGCAUUACAACAACACUGGGCAAUUUAAAAGAUUAAGGGUAGUGUGUUCUGAGAGAAAAAGAAAGCCUAAAGAAUGGAGGCACGCACUUGUUUUGAAGAUAAUAUGAUGCCUGGCCAAUGAUUAUCAUAAACCUUACUUAUUUGAGCUAGGCUUGAACAGAUGAGACCUAGAAGAAAUGGCUGAACACAAAGAGGACGGGGUGGGGGCUAGUUUUUAAGUUGGGAAAGGUAAUAGUCAAAAGUCACAGAUGGAGAAAGUUGCUCUAAGAAAAACUGCUUGGAUUGUUUUCCUCUUGUUGCACAUGUACCAUGCAUUUCUCAGCUUGGGGUACUAUGUUUUGUGGAAAGUGGACCCACAUUUGAAUUGAUAAGCAUUGUAGGAAAGAGUGCUUAUUCCUACCCAUUUCCUCUGUUCCAAAUGGCUGCAGGAUAAUAAUCUGUUGUGCCACCUUUGUUUCUAGAAUUACAAUGAGUAUAACUAUUCCCCUUAAGUAAUAACCACAGCCAACCAGUAUUAUUUAGUGCUAUGACUAGUUGUAAUGGGAAGUUCUGUUAUUUUCAGAGCUUUCCAGGAAUAUUGUCCUAAUACGCCCUGUUUGGGAUCUCUAUUAUCUCUGAAGAUGGAAAAGAGGCUAGGAUUCUUCUCUUGACUCUGAGUUGGGAAACUGACGUCUUACAACCUUGCCACAACGAUAGGAGGAGCCUGGUGGCUAUCUGAGUCCUAUUCAUUCCUUUCUGGACCCUGUUUUCCUUAUCAGGUUGGCCUAGUCCCCAGAGACGCAAAGGAGAGCUGAAGGUUUUAGGAAGGCAGAAAUGAAAAGGGUAGGGGUCUCAGGCCCUGCUUCAAAACUGUUUACGUAUUUAUUUUGUGCUUAUAAUUCUCGGGGAGAGGGUAAGAGUAAGGAUACAACAAAGAAGGUGCUGAGUAAAUGAGAAACGGACCAGCUAAGGUGAAUGAAACAAAACUUCUACCAGAGAAAUGAGGGAGCCAAAUGCAGCAUAUUAUUGUUAUUUUGGUUUAACGUUGAGAUCUUUUCACUCAUACACAAAAAGAACGAACUAGUUUUAUUUACUGUUGAUUUUUCCCCCUCCUGUGGAUGAAAUAACUGAAGCCUAGAGGAAUGAACUAGUGCUACUGAACUGUUUAAAUUAUUUUUGUGUUAAUAGUACACUUUGAAUAUCUUUUUCCACAUUAAAAAUCUUUCUGAAUUAUAAAUGUUUUCCUUACAUUAUUUAACAAUGUAUACUGUUUUAAAAAAAUAAACUGAAUUCAAACCUUGGGGGUUUCUCAGCAGCUGUUAACUGUACAUUUUGCACUAACUCUGGGUGUUGCGCUUCUUGUAAGAUUGCGCUUGUGCUUCAGUUUGUUACCUUUGUAGACUUAUUUAAUGAAACCAUUCAAAUAAACCAAACUUGCUUUUGUUGA